AAUUAUAUACGUCAACUUAGCUAUUAUGUUAUGUUAAUUGUAAAAUAUUUUUCUCUUUUAGGUCUUCAAGUUGUAAUGAAGUCAAUUAUGUGUGCAAUGUUGCCACUGCUGCAGAUAUGCUUGCUUGUAGGAUUUGUUAUCGUAAUUUAUGCAAUCAUAGGAUUAGAAUUUCUUUGCGGCAAAUUUCAUUAUGCCUGUUUUAACCCUGGAGUAAAUGGUUCAGCACCUACUAUAGCAGGUGAUGACCCAGAGCUUUGUGAUCCAGAUGGUAAAGGUAAAGGAUGUGAAGGCUCUCUGRUAUGUCAAAGAUAUUGGGAUGGACCUAACGAUGGUAUUACCAGCUUUGACAACAUUUUCGCUGGUUGUUUGACUGUUUUUCAAGUAAUAACCAAUGAAGGAUGGACAGACAUCAUGUACUGGACGUUUCGCGUGUACGAUAAAGAUGGCUUGGCCUUCUGGUUGUAUUAUUACUCACUCGUCAUUAUAGGAUCGUUCUUCAUGCUUAACCUGGUUCUCGGUGUCCUUAGCGGAGAAUUUGCUAAAGAAAGAGAACGAGUAGAAAAUAGAAGAGAAUUUCUAAAAGUGCGAAGAACAAAACAGAUGGAAAGAAUGCUGCAUGGCUACCUCGAUUGGAUAAGUAAAGCUGAGGAUUUAAUGUUAGAAGAAGACGAAGACGAAGGWGAAAGAAACGUAGACAUUCUUCGGAAGCGGAACCUCGAUCGAGUUGAGGAUGGUGACGUAGCUAUGACGUCACAGGUCCUAACGGGGGCCGGCGGGAGAAGACAUCGACUAAAUACAGGACAAAAGAGAACAUGUUGGCAACGUUUUGUACGUAAAAACAAGCGAUGGCGAAUUCGUGUAAGACAGGUUGUAAAGCAUCAAGCGUUUUAUUGGUCUGUUAUUAUCUGCGUGUUCCUAAACACGGUUAUCACUGCUUGUCAGCAUUAUCAACAACCAACUUGGCUGACGCAAUUUCAAGAAAAAGCAGAGCUGAUCUUCAUAUCGUUCUUCUUCCUGGAGAUGUGUUUGAAGCUGUACGGCCUUGGACCCCAGUUAUAUUUCAAGUCUCAAUUUAACACAUUUGACUGUGUGGUCGUGUGGUGUGGUAUAUUAGAACUUAUUAUCAGUCAUAUUGAGGGUAUUGAGCUUGGUAUAUCUGUUCUUCGAGCUCUCAGGCUGCUACGAUUGUUUAAAUACACAAGAUAUUGGUCAUCGCUUAGAAAUCUCGUCACGUCRYUGCUUAGCUCAGUGCGGUCUAUACUCAGUCUAUUGUUCCUUCUCUUCCUCUUUAUUGUCAUUUUCGCGUUAUUGGGAAUGCAGAUUUUUGGAUCUCAAUUCCGAAACCUCCCAGGCAGAGAYGAAAACCCAAGAACAAACUUUGACGACUUCUGGAAUGCGUUCCUUGCAGUAUUUCAGAUUCUGACUGGGGAGGACUGGAACGCAGUAAUGUACGACGGCGUGCUUUCAGCGGGUUGGCUUACGCCUGGUGGAAACAGGGCSGGUGCGCUUGGGUACUCGUUAUACUUCGUAGCUCUCGUGGUCCUUGGAAACUACGUUCUUCUGAAUGUAUUCUUGGCUAUCGCCGUCGAUAACUUGGCCAACGCCCAGCAAUUGAGUGCUGAUGAGGCUGAAGAAGAAGAAGCUAGAGAAGAACGGAAACGUGAAAUCAUGGAACAGUUUCAAGAUUCUAAAUAUUCUCCUAAAGAUGGCGGGAGGAAUGGAAACGCACGCAGAGAUGAUGAUGAUAUGGGACCUAACGAAGACGAAUUUGAAGAAGUGGAAGAAAGCGGGAAAAAAUUAAGUGCGAAAAACUUCCUAAAGAGCUUAAAGAAUCCAGACAAAAUUAUCGAGCAGCGUAAACCAGGCGAACCAGUACCCAUCAUCAACACUUGGUCACUCUUUCUAUUCCCACCCGGAAAUCCAGUUCGUAAAUUCUGUCACUGGCUGGUCAAUCUACGUCAUUUUGAUAAUGUCAUCCUCGUCAUCAUAUUGAUUAGUAGUGGACUGCUGGCCGCCGAAGAUCCAGUUGUCGAAAACUCCGAGCGUAACAAGAUUCUUACCUAUUUUGAUUAUGUAUUCACGACGAUUUUUGCGAUGGAAGUUGUUGUCAAGCUAAUUGACUACGGCGCUAUUCUUCAUCCCGGGUCAUACUUCAGAGACGCGUGGAAUUGUAUCGAUGCACUUGUCGUGUCUUGUGCCAUUGCAUCUCUUGUUUUAAGUACCAACGAGGAUUCGUCUGCCGGAUCGAAGAAAACCGUAAAAGUUCUCCGUGUUCUUCGUGUACUCCGUCCUCUGAAAGCCAUCAACAAAGCCAAAAAGCUAAAAGCAGUAUUUCAGUGCAUGGUGUUCUCGCUCAGGAAUGUCUUAAACAUCUUAAUCAUCACAGUUCUAUUCUUAUUCAUAUUUUCUGUUAUUGGGGUCCAGCUCUUCCAGGGCAAAUUUUUUACGUGCUCAGAUAAAUCYAAGAUGACAGAGCAGGAAUGCCGGGGCCAGUAUUUUGAAUAUAGUGACUACAGGGAUCUCAGUAAACUCGAAGUUAAAGACAGAGAGUGGGCGAACCAAGAGUACAACUUCGAUAAUGUAUUCAAAGCAAUGUUAGCGUUGUUUGCAUCRUCGACUGGUGAAGGUUGGCCAGCUCUUAUGCAAGCGUCUAUCGACACUACAGGUAUCGAUCGCGGCCCAAUUGUCGACAACAAGGUGGAAAUCUUCUUGUUCUAUAUUUUCUUCGUGAUUGUUUUCUCGUUCUUCUUCUUGAACAUCUUCGUCGCUUUGAUUAUCUUGACCUUCCAAGAGCAAGGAGAAAAAGAGCAAGGGGACUGUGAAUUAGAUAGAAACCAGCGCGAUUGUCUGCACUUUGCGAUAGUGGCCAAGCCGAGUGAACGAUUCAUGCCCGAAGAUCCAAACACCAUCCAAUAUCGUGUAUGGAAACUCGUGGAUUGUAGACCUUUUGAAUUCACGAUCAUGACUUUGAUUGCACUAAACACGUUGAUUCUAAUGAUGAAGUUUGAUAACGAACCGAAGGAAUACCGUUACUGGCUCAAUCUCUUUAAUACGAUAUUCACGUUCAUGUUCACGACAGAGGCCAUUCUAAAGCUUAUUGCAUUCAGACAGAACUACUUUCGAGACAGUUGGAACGUGUUUGACUUCGUUGUUGUAUUGGGAAGUCUUCUGGACUUUAUCUUGGAUAAAGURAUGGAGGGUGAGGGAGAYGGACAAAAGCUUCCGUUCGAUCCCAGUCUUUUUAGGCUUUUCCGUGCGGCUCGUUUAGUCAAGCUUCUUCGUCAAGGUUACACUAUAAGAAUAUUGCUAUGGACUUUCCUUCAAUCUUUCAAGGUAAGAACUUUAAUCAAUAUCUCAAUGUCGAUACAUUUUUUUCUCUUUCAGUUGUUUGGACAAAUUUAUCGAGAAAAUGGUGAUCGUGGUGACCCUUGGGAACAAAUCAGCGUAGAAAACAAUUUUCAGUCAUUUACACAGGCUAUUCAAGUGUUAUUUAGAUCAGCUACUGGUGAAAAUUGGCAUGUGAUUAUGCUUGCGUGUAGAUAUGGUGCUWCUUGUGAUCCUCUGACUGGGAAGACUGGCGAAACUUGUGGCAGCGACAUUACUUAUCUUUAUUUCAUUUCUUUCAUUUUUUUCUGUUCUUUCUUGCUGCUUAACCUGUUUGUUGCUGUCAUCAUGGAUAACUUUGAAUAUUUAACAAGAGAUGAGUCGAUUCUAGGCCCCCACCAUCUGGACGAAUUUGUUCGCGUGUGGUCUGAGUACGAUCCAGGUGCAACGGGUCGAAUAAAACACACUGAAGUAUGUCAACUUCUACGGCAAAUGUCACCUCCAGUGGGAAUAGGUAAAAAGUGUCCGAAGAUUGUCGCCUACAAGCGGUUGAUAAAGAUGAAUAUGCCWCUAUACCCAGAUAACACUGUGAGUUUUACUGCAACUUUGUUCGCGUUGGUACGGACAUCGCUCAAGAUCAUGACGGAAAAAAAUAACUUAAGAGAAAACGACAAAGAACUACGAGCGAUGCUUAAGAGAGUAUGGCCCAAGUUGACAAAGAAAACUUUGGAUAAAGUUGUCCCUAAACCGCCCAGUUUAAUAAAUAACGGUAAAGCUAAUAAAGAAAAUACACAACAACAGAUGACCGUCGGUAAAAUCUACUGUGCAAAACUUAUUUAUGAAAAUUAUAAAUUCCUUAAAAAGAAGGGACAACCACCACAGGUKAGUAGUAUGGGAGGGGUGACACGGGGAAGUUUUCAAGCACCAUUGCUAGGACAAGUCGUUGGCAGCCCUUUAUUUGCACAAAAAAUAAGGCAGGAGCAGCAGCCGCAGCAGGAUCCCGAGUGGGGAGAGUCUAUUCACAUGCAAGAUAUCAGAGCGUCCAUGCCAGACGGUCCACCCAUGUAUCGUACACAUUCAUCACAAGCAAUGAACCAGGACUAUCGUCAAAGACCAACUCUUGGCUACCAGCAUCCAGGAGUACCAACAAGAAUGUCCACUACGUCACUAAACGAUGGGCGUGGCCCAGGCGUUACAACAGCCGUAGUUUCUACACCCAACGCUCGUCCUCCACGGCGUCAACUACCACAACCUCCUAUGCAUCCUGGACACUACCAAUCGGGUUCACAGCUAUCCCUUACGGGAAAAGGACAAGGAAUGCCGGAUAACCGGGGUGACCCGGUACUUGAAAACGGUUAUCAGCCAAAUAUGAACCAGCAUAUUGCUAUGGCAAUACGUAGUGGUCAAAGUCCUUAUGCCAUAUAUGGCCUUGAGGAUACAGGCGAGGACGAUGAUUGGUGCUAGGAGAACAAUAGGUUGAAAAAUUACAAUUUGUUGCAUCCCUAUUUGGGAAUCUGUAUUUCCGGUCCAAGAAUCAACACUCGGAGGAGCUUUCAGACAAACUACCGACGUUUAUAAAUCUACGGCGAAUUUAGACGUCAAAAAAGCUUAAAGCUUAUACUCGUUGAACGCCAUUCGUACUGGAAAUAUAUGGCGGACACGACAGUUUGCUGACCAUCUGCCAAGAUAUCAUCGUGAAACAGGCUUUGAAUUUAGGGUUCACUUAGGGAAUUGGUUAAAAUUGCACGCCUUUCGAGUUUCACAGACGAUUUAUUUAAGGAAAAAUUAUUUAUUUGAAAUGAAGAUUUUAGAAAUCUCCCGUGUGAUAUACAAGACAAAGUCAUGCGACUAUAUCAAGACACAGAAGCCAUUUGAAUGCUAUGGAAUGAAUGACAGGUGUCCAUCAAGCCAUUCUAGUGCCUCUAGAAAGCGGCAGGUACUCAUGGAAACGUCCAAUGAAAUGAACAGAAUUGAUUACGAAGCGGGCUUCAAAACAUGUUWAAUGUUUUUUUUYYUUUUUUUUACUUUCAAUUUUAACGCAAAAAAUUAAAUGCACCGAGUAGAUUUCCAAAAAAAAAUAUUAUAUUUCCUGCUUCGAAUAAUGCAGGUUUAUCAUCCAAUUGAUUAAUAUAUAUAUAAAUAUAUAGAUAAAAAAAGAUCUAUCGCCAGCGCGAACAUGUUGACAAGAGAAUAUUGCUUUUUUAUCACUAUAACAUAGAAAAUACAACAAUUUAAAAUAGCGUACAAAGGCCAGUAAAUUAAUAUUUGUAAAAUGUAGAUCGAAACUCUUCAUUGUGGUACACUUUGCCAUUUUAAGAAAUAAUGGCAUUGUUUUUUGACUGGUAACCAGCCCACUUUUCAAAAUGGACGCCAAAUCGACGCCAUGUUAUAUUUCAAAAUGGCCGCCAACUUAGAGGCUAGGUUACCUUUCAAAAUGGCUGUUCCUUCUUACAAAGAUAUCUUAAUAGUAUUUCUCUAUGUUUUCCUUUUAGUCCAAUACAAAAAUAUAAUAACAGUCAAGUAAAAAUAUCGACAAAAAUUUUAGCAUCUGUUGCUCCGCACAUUUUAAUAUUUGACUAUAAAGAUUAAUAUCACUUUGCUCAUACUGGUAGCCAUGUGGUGAGAACCACGAGCUAGGAAUGUUGUCAAUGUAUUUCAACUUCUUAAUAUAACAAUAUCCGUGCUUUAUUCUUGCAUUUUCCGUUGUAAUAUAUAGUUUUUUACAAAGCAUUUAUCAAAAUAAUCGCAUUAUAUUUUGGGUUUCAAUUUGAGCGAAUCAUUAAGUCUGAAGCACAUGCUCGAGGAAUUGAGACAUAAUUGCCUAAGUGCUUCAUCUUUCGAGCAGAUAUGUUUUUUGACCAGUAUUUCAUACGUUUACACAUUUUGAGGAGAACGCGGCCUAUUGAUAGCACAAACAAAGGAAAACUACAAGUUCCAUUAAUUGCAAACCGUAAUUUCAGCAUUAAACAAAACUUGAAUUUUUUAUAUCAACUUUGACAGGACUUGCGCGCUCGAGAUGUGUUCCUUUUUUCGUUUCGUUUCGUUUUGUUUUUGUUUUUUGUUUUUUAACAAUUGCAUGAAUUCUUAAUGGUUCGCUUCUGAUAUACCCAACCUUUUUUAUUGUACAUUCGGUAAUGACUGAUCCCAGUUUGUAGAAAGCUUGUCGCAUUCAAAAAGUACCUCAUUGAUUACAGAUAAUAGCAGAAACGACCGAAAUGGCGUAUGGGACACUAGUAAAUGUUAGAAUAAUAAUAAUGAAGUUUAUUUUAUUCGGAUGGUGCUGAACGUGGAUGGUGCUCAAGUGUGCUUGUUUUUUUGUUUUUGUUUUUGUUUGUUUGUUUUUUGCUUGUUUUUUUGUUUGUUUGUUUGUUUGUUUGUUUUUUGUUUUAUAAUUAUUUUUCUAUUUAGUAGUAUCCCACAAACCACUUUGGUCUCAACUGUGAUGUCUACAUGAUGUGACUUUCGGAUGUGACAACGCAUCUUCAAAAUUUGUGUACACCUUAUAAUCCAAUUUCCAAUUCUCCAAUGCUCUGUGAUAGCCUCAUUUGUGCGCAAAAUAUUCCUAAUUGUGAGAAUAAAAGUGUGAGAUUUUAAAUCAAUUCCAUUGUCUUUCUUUUCAAGUUCCAUGCGUUUUCUCUGGCUAUCAAUGAAACAAAAGAAUAUUUUGCGUGGUUUUGAGGCUAACACAGAGCAAACCAGAACUCGAAAUCGGAGUAUUGCUAUAACAGGGCUGCCAUCGAAAAUAAUUUACUUAAUUUUUCAAAUUUGUAUUUUGAAACAGAUCGAUGACGUCAGACUCGAUUGGCCAAUAAUAUCAUCAGACGCGACUUAACAAUGUUCUCAUUGGUCCAUCGGGCCUGACGUAACUGAAUAACUUUGUUUUUCGCUUUUAGUAAAUGGCAGCUUUUUGUGAACAGGUGUAAGUUAGAUAUUUCUUACAUUGCCAAUAUUUCUAGUAUCUGGUACAUAAUAGUUGCACAAAUUCACUAUUCUUAUCCUUGUAUAUAACGCGGCUUCCUUGAUUUUGUUUAUUCUUAUUGACUUAUCUUUAAUUUGAAGCUCAUUUUCACAAAAAUAAAUUGCUAAUUCAACAGA